AAGGAGUCUGUUCUGUAUAUGAAAAGAAAGUAAAGAAAAGAUAGUGGUCCACACGGGAUUGACUCCUUAUUAGCCAUAUGCAUUAACAUAUGUAUCUUUAAUGUGGAAAAAAGAGAGAAAUAAGAGGGUUCCAUUAAAAUAUCAAUGAUAAAGUUGAAAAACAAAGUAAACAAUUUAAGCGAUUGUGAAUGAAUUUCUUGGAAGCAUGAAGCGUUCUUCCUUUUUCUUUUAGCAUAUAAAGGGGUUGCUGCAUCGGCUACAAAUGCAUAAAGUGGUGAGAUGGAGUUGAAAUGGUUGGCCAUGGUUCUUGUAGUGUUAUCCUUAAGAGCUGGGCUUUGUGAUGGGUGCUUAGAGGAGGAAAGAUUUGCUCUCUUCCAACUCAAACCUUUCUUUGAGUUCAUUAAUUAUAAGCUUCAAGCCAAUAACUUUGAGUCAAAUCCAGAGAGUUCAUCAAAUUGUUGUGAGUGGGAAAGGGUUGAAUGCGACCCAAUAACUGGACGAGUCACCCAUCUUUUCCUUAAUUAUUCUAGCUCCAAUAAGAUGCAGUGGUAUCUCAAUGCCUCUUUGUUUCUUCCUUUUGAGGAAUUACAAAAUCUUUCUUUAAAUAGGAAUUUCAUAGCCGGUUGUAUUGCCAAUCAAGGUUUUGAAAGGUUGUCAUCAAAGUUGGACAAGUUGGAGAAUCUUGACUUGAGUGAAAAUCAUUUCAACGAUAGCAUUUUAGCAUCCUUAAGUGAACUUUCAUCACUCAAGUCUUUAAAUCUAGAGUACAAUUUAUUCACAGGAUUAAAUCCUACAAACGAGAGCAAUAAUAAUGGGAUGAACUUGAAGGAGUUGUAUUUAGGGGGAAAUGAAAUGAAGAGCCUUGGGUCUUUAUUCCAUGAAAAAGAAGGAAUGAAGUUGAACAAACUUGAGGUACUUAGUUUACCUGGUAAUCUCUUUAACAACAGCAUAUUCUCAUCCCUUGCUGAGCUCUCGAAUUUGAAGUCAUUGGAUUUAUCUGAUAACGAAUUGGAGGGGGCAAUAUAUACAAAAGAUUUAAAUGCUCUCAACAAUUUAGAGGAGUUGUUCUUAUCCGGUAAUGAAGUGAAUGGAUUUAUUCCAUCUCAAGGACUAAGGCUGAUGAAUUUGAAAGUUCUUAAUUUGAGUGCUAAUGGUUUCAACAAUAGUAUAAUGUCAUCUCUUGCUACACUUCCGAAUCUAAAGACUUUGAGGAUAGAUACCUAUCAAUGCAAUGGAUUAAUGGAUAUCAAAGAUUUAUAUGGUUUCAGCAAUUUGGAGGAGCUGUAUAUGUACUGCUAUGCAUAUUCUUAUUGUAGCUUCUCAUUACAAUUAUUGGGCUUAUUCCCCACGUUGAAGACUCUUUCGUUAGAGAGAUUUAAUAUUAAUGAAACCACAAUGGCUUCUCAUUCCCACAAUACCUCUGUUACAACAGAAUUUACUUCAUUGAAGCAUUUAGAGUUGCGGGGUUGUAAGGUCAACAAAAAUCUCACUCGACAAGGGCUAAAUUUGAGAAGUUUGGAAGAAUUGGAGUUGGAUGAAUCAUAUUUACCUUCAAACUUUAUUCAAGCUUUUGGACCUCUAAUUUCUCUUAAAAAAUUUACAGCCCAUGGUAUUGAUGGUAACAACACUCCACCUAUGCGUGAUUUUUGUGAAUUGAUAAAUCUCCAAGAGUUGGAUAUCAAGAACAAUAAUCUAAGGGGUAGUUUACCCAUGUGUUUCUCCAAACUCACGUCCCUUAAAACAUUAUCUCUCUCUUAUAAUCAAUUUUCUGGAAAUAUAUCUGCCCUUAAGAGCCUAACAUUGCUUGAAUCAUUGAACCUAUCUUCUAAUCAGUUCUCCGGAAAUAUAUCUGCCCUUAAGAGCUUAACAUUGCUUGAAUCUUUGGACCUCUCUUCUAAUCAAUUCUCCGAAAAUAUAUCUGCCCUUGAGAGCCUAACAUUGCUUGAAUCUUUGGUCCUCUCUUCUAAUCAGUUCUCUGGAAAUAUAUCUGCCCUUAAGAACUUAACGUUGCUUGAAUCUUUGGACCUCUCUUCUAAUGAGUUCUUUGGAAACAUAUCUGCCCUUGAAAAUCUAACAUCCCUCCGGUUGUUGGAUAUUUCAAACAAUAAAUUUCACAUCCUAAGCUCAUUAAGACCCUUGUUCAACCUUUCAAAACUCAAGUACCUCUAUGCAGAUAACAACACCAUACAUGCUGAUGAUCAUGAGAUGUCGCAUUCUUCGGCUCCAAGGUUCCAAUUGAGUUCCAUCAGCUUAUCUUGUUGUGGAAGUGGUGGGUCAUUUCCAAAAUUCUUAUACCAUCAAAGUGAAUUGCAGAAAGUUUAUCUCUCAGACAUAUAUUUCAAGGUGGAUCGAUUUCCAUUUUGGUUGUUGGAAAACAACACGAAGCUAGGGAUCCUGGAUCUCAUGAAUUGCUCUCUGUCAGGGCCUUUUCAAGUGCCAUCGCAUGUGCAUCCUGCUUUAUCAUAUUUGGAUAUCUCCAACAAUGCCUUCGGUGGCAACAUCCCAGUAAGAAUUGUAGCACGCUUACCAUUUUUGGGUUAUUUGAACAUGUCAAAGAAUUGUUUCAAUGGCACCAUUCCCUCUUCAUUUGGUGAUAUGAGUUCCUUACAAGUUUUGGACUUAUCAAACAACCAAUUGUCUGGACAGAUACCUGAGCACAUGGCUAUGGGUUGCUCUUUAUUACGGUUCCUUGUAUUAUCAAAUAACAAAUUACAAGGAUCAAUUUUCUCUGGGAAUUUUAUUCUAACAAGGUUGGUCGUGCUCGAAUUAAAUGGAAAUAACUUCACUGGGAGGAUCCCAAAUGUCUUAGCUAACUGCUCUGACUUGUAUAUACUAGAUCUUAGCAAUAACUCUAUCUAUGGUGAAGUCCCAAGUUGGAUUUGGAAUAUGUCAGAGCUGGCAGCAUUGGAUGUGAGCAGGAACCAACUCUUUGGUAGAUUGCCACAAUGGAGGGGAUAUGCUUCGAAUUUGGAACAAGUUUCCAUGGCAGAUAAUCAACUUAAUGGUUCAAUACCAAGGGCAAUUUGCAGUCUCAAUCUCAAACUUCAAUUUUUGGACCUUUCCAUGAACAGUUUAUCUGGGACUCUACCAUCUUGCUUCAAGCCGGUAUCAGUGAAGGAAGUUCAUUUAUCUAAAAAUAUGCUACAAGGAGCGUUAUCGAAUGCUUUUCGUGAUAGCUCUUCGUUGGUGAUAUUGGAUCUUAGCUAUAACCACUUGAAAGGUAACAUUCCAAAUUGGAUUAGCAACCUUUCUGACUUAAGUUAUCUUCUCUUAAAGGGAAACCACUUUGAUGGUGAAAUUCCAAUUCAAUUAUGCAAGUUGGAUCAUUUAAGCCUGAUUGAUCUUGCUCAAAACAAUCUCUCUGGUGGUAUUCCUUCUUGUUUAAAAGUUUCUGCCUUGAACUAUGUACUUGAGCAAUAUAUUUGGCAUCAAACUAUUUAUUCCAACAUGAUUAUCUUGAGGUCCAUUGAAGUUUCAAUAGAAUACACAAUAAAGAGCAGAUCCUACAAUUACAAGAGAAGAAUGCUUCAAUACAUGUCUGGAAUUGAUCUCUCCUGCAACAAGCUUACCGGUGAAAUUAGUUUUGAAACAAAAAACAUUAUGAAACUCCUCACAUUGAACCUUUCUCACAAUAGCUUGACCGGACCAGUGCCACGAGCAUUUUCUAGCCUCAUGGACAUGGAAAGUCUAGAUCUUUCCUACAACAAUUUGAUAGGGAAUAUCCCUGCCGAAUUUGCGCUGUUACAUUUCUUAGAAUACUUCAAUGUGUCAUAUAACAAUUUAUCUGGAAAGACACCUGAAAGGAUUGGACAGUUGGGAGCAUUUGAUGAAAGCAACUACAUAGGGAAUCCUUUUCUUUGUGGCUCAUUGGUGGGGAAGAAUUGCUCGCCCGUGGAAACACCAUUGAUACCGAAAGCUUCGGCUGGCAACAAAGAAGACCAUGGUUUCAUUGAUAUGGAUGCCUUCUAUGCUAGCUUCUUCGCAUGUUACGUGAUGGUGCUACUGUGUAUCGCAGCUGUGCUGUACAUAAAUCCUUAUUGGAGGCAAGCAUGGUUUUACUAUAUACAAAUGGCCAUUGAUUCCUGCUACUAUUUUGUGGUAGAUAAUUUCCCCAUAAAUUUUUGUAGUGGAAACAUGUAGAAAAUUUUGUUGUGAAAUUUGUCGAUUGCAAUGCCAUGUUUAUAAGUAGCAACUGUGUUAAGACGUGGAUUUAAAGUGCUCUUUUGGAACUGAAGAAAAACUCCUGCAAACCAUAUUCUUAGUUUCACUGCUUUUUCAGUUGGUUUGAUUUCAGUUUGUACAAAAUGUUAGCUGUCACCAGGUGCCGUCCUUCAUAAUCUCAGUAGUAGCAACAAAUAAUUAUGGAAA